AUGUGUAUGAACAAGGGCAUUCACCAAGUUGGGUGUGACGAAACGUUUCGACUACGAUUGAAGAGUGAUGCCUUGCCAAUGUUGAAUAAACCAUUGCUUGAUACGAGGACAAGUAAGAGGAGGAUUCAUACCGAGAAAAGGCAAAGAAUAAAGGUAAUUCUCAAUCCAAAUUUAGUGCUAUAGUCAGUCAAAUGCUGCAGAUAUUUAUUAGCAUGUAUUAUAAAUAUUAACCUACCUUUAUAGAGACUCACUGAACUUCAAAAUCCCAGCGAAUCACCAAAGAAAGACUGCUCAAGAGAAGAAACCAAAUGCGCACAAACGACUGAACAAUUAGAGUCCUUUAUCAAACCUAUCAAAUGAACUAUGCUCGGAACCAAGUACAUCGACCAAAAUGUUUUCUUCUAACACCAGGGAAAGGUCGACACAAACAACCAAGAAACAAGGGACAAGAUGAGUAAGAACGCAGACUCAAAGUCUAAAGGCAUCAGCAUCAUCAUAUUUUGAAACAAAGUCCAUGGUAGGAUAUCUGUCCACCUCAAAAGUGCAACCGGUAGAUCCUCAUGAACACCAUGGGCAUGGGCAUGUCGACACGGCAGAGCCAACAUGUGAAACUUCAAAAACAGAAGUUGAUGUGGAAAGCAUUUGCAGCUUUUCAAGCGAAGAGAUGACUUCGAGGAGUCAUCCACUGGAAGCAACGAAAGCAGUGGGGACGAUGAACCAGAUAAACGAACAGUUCUAAAAGCGGGGAAACGCCCACACAAGACCAGAUCAAAUUGAUUAUUUUUGAACAAGCUAUUCUUGAUGUUUUUGGUAAGUGUGGUUCUGAUUGUAUUGUGUCAAUUGAAAACCAAAUUGGGUUGUGCAAAAUUUACUUCUGGUGCACAACUCAAAACGAAAUUUACUUGGAAUGGACAACUGGCCCUUCUAUGUUCAAAAUGCCUGCAUUUCAUCUACUGUUAGCAUCUGGUAUUUUCGUGACAGGAUUGGAAUCUGCGAAAGUUCUGCGACUAUUUAAUGUUGUUAAAUAUACCAAAUGUUAAGAGACGACAAUUGUCCAAGAUCUUGAAGAAUUAUGUUAUUCCGGCAGUUUACAAAGUUUGGCAAGUGGAGCAAUAUGCGAGACUAAGAGAGAUUGAGAAUGAACCCAUUAUAAUUGCGUCGGAUAUGCGUGUUGAUAGUCCUGGUCAUAGUGGUCUAUUUGGCUCGGGAAGCACACUGGAAAUGAAAAGGAAUGUUAUAUUGGAUAGCCAAGUAAUAAAGGUAAGAAAUAUAGAAAAAAUUAAUGAAAUAUAUACUAUAUUAUGAUAGAAAGGCAUUUUAUUCAAAUGAUUCAGUAUGCUCUGCCAUAUGCAAACAACCUAAACUGUUGAUCUCAGUUGAUUUCUACCAGGUUAGACACUACACAUCUAAAACUGAAACUGGCUUUUUGUCUCUAUAAGCAUAAUGACUAUAGCAAAUUCUUAACUCUUUUACAGUCAACAGAGGUAAAAAAUGCUAAUGCCAUGGAGCUUGAAUCUCUAAAGAGGCAACUGGAAUGCUUACAGGACAAGGUUCAAGUGGCCAAGUUGGUGAUGGAUCGUCAUAUUCAAGUCUCAUCAUACAUGACAAAUGAGAAACCAGAUAUUGAGCAUUCUUAUGAUAUCUGCCAUGUUGCAAAAGGUAUAGGAAUAAUGCAUAUGUGUAUACUACCAGGGUUUUGUGACCCCAGAAUAAAAAAUCCCAUGUUCAAUCUGCUUGAUUGUGGACUUGGUAGAAUUUUUUACUUUAUAUUACUGAUAAAAAGAUUUUUACACUUAUUUCAUAUUUUGAAGGUGAAAAGAAGAAAUUGAUAAAGGUUUAAAAAAAAUUUUAGGUCAAUUAAGCCUUGGAUUGUGGUAAGUAAAUAAAUACACAAUUAUGACUAAAGGACGUACAUUUGAGUCAAAGCUGUUAAUUAGUACAUUUUUAUUUAUAUUCAAUUUGUUUUCUUUUUCAUUUACAUGACAGUCAAUUGUUAAUCGUAUCUAUUGGGUUGGUGACUCGAGUUCAACUGAAGAUGAAAGAGAAGAAAAAUGGUGCAGCAUUCUGAAUCAUAUUGUCAACAUUCACAAACAUGAUGGCCAUAAGAUCUUUGUUGAAUGUCGUCUUGAAAGAGUGGCUCAAACAGGGUACAGUUUUUUUCCUUUGAUCUUUAAGCCCACAUUUAAUCAUUUACCAAGUUUAUCCUAUUUUAUUAUUAUAAAGUAUAGUGCUUUUUUUAAAAAUUUCCAGCCCUGAUAAAAUGAUAAUCUCACACAUGUGAUUAUUUAUGAUAAUCUCAAUGUGAAAAUUGUCACUUUUCGAUUAUCACUUUUCUGUGAAAAUAAUCACUUUUCAAAGACUGUCCUUUAUACAAUAAACAUAAAAAUACAUGGAUGCUUGGAAAUACCAGAUUUAUUUCGAGUGCUGAAGAUGAUAUAAAAUUGUAGCCCACUGUAAUCUGGGCCAAAUGCUUAAAGACUAAUGAAUAUAAUGGUAUAUACUAACUUAUAUUUACAGGAUCAGCUUCUUAUAAAAAGUUGGACGAGAUGCUAACAAGACCUCGUCUUAUCACAGCAAUUAGGAAGCUAUCGCAAUACCACCAGACAUCUGGUCUGGAAGUCAAACAUUCUCUGGACAAUCAAUUUGCUUCAAAGAACACAUACCAUUCUUAUCACUCAUUGAGUGCAAGG